GCUGAUAAACGUGCUCACCACAAUGCACUGGAGCGCAAGCGUAGGGACCACAUCAAGGACAGUUUCCACAGCCUGCGGGAUUCUGUGCCAUCCCUUCAGGGAGAGAAGGCAUCCCGGGCCCAAAUCCUAGAUAAAGCCACAGAGUACAUCCAGUACAUGCGCCGAAAAAACCACACACACCAGCAGGACAUUGAUGACCUAAAGCGUCAGAACGCCCUAUUGGAGCAGCAAGUUCGUGCACUGGAAAAGGCAAGAUCAAGUGCUCAACUGCAGGCCAACUAUUCCUCUUCUGACAACAGCCUGUACACCAAUCCUAAGGGCAGCACCAUCUCCGCCUUUGAUGGCGGCUCUGACUCCAGUUCAGAGUCCGAGCUGGAAGAACCACAGAGCCGGAAGAAGAUUCGCAUGGAGGCCAGCUAGAAGAGGUCUCUGUUCCAGCUGCCACUAGACACUUGCUGGCUGCUUAAGGACUUUCCUUUCCUUCUUUAGUAGAGGCUCUUGGACUGCAGCUUUCCCAGUUUCUUAUCCCUUACUUGACCCCCUUUUGAGUUAAUCCAAACCUCUGGCUUGGCAGCUUAUCCUCUGGAAGACACCAGCUAUGGUAUGGCUUGGAGCAGGAUGUGGCCCUGUCUUGUCCUGCCCUGUGGCUGCAAGUUUCUAGUGCCAGGAAUGCUCAGGCUGUCUGAUGAACUGCUGAUAGCCUGUGAUUGCCUGGGUUGCGUGAGGACAAUGACUGCUCCAUUGGUCCACUUGAGCUGCACCACUCUCUCUAUUGCAUUGAUCAGAAUAUUUCUAUUUAUGUCAACAAGGCCAAAUGUCCCCCUGAAGAAUCUUGAGGGGGUGGGGAGUAGGAGUUAUGCACAGAAGCAUUGGUGUAUAUUCGUUCCUGAAACGAUGGUGCAGAAUUCGGGGAGAUGGUAUUUCCUCUUAUGGAAACUCAGUCUGGUCAGGUUCUUCCUCCUGCUGUGGACAUUGGUGACAUGAAGCUUCAGAUUCAUACCAUGAACUCCCUAUCAGUUUCUCAGACAUAGAGCCAGCUUUUAAAAUGUAAAUACACCAUAAGCUUUGUUACCUGGUACUAAUAACUGCAUCAAAGCACGGACCUCUUGCCCCCCCAUGGCAAAUGGGCCAGUCACCCAUGUGAGUUAAAAGGGCACAGGCUGUGUGAGUGAGCAAAGGCCUCGGUGUGCGUGUGCGUGCAUGUGUGUGUCUUCUUCCCACUCUUGUUUGUGAUGUUUUCUGAAUUUAGUGUAUACAAGUGUAGCUUGGUCUCUGUCCAGGUGUGAGUCUAUCCAUGGAACUGAAGUAUGUUGUACAUACUGCCCAAGAAUUGUCUUGCAAGUUAAGGCUUCCCUUUACU